GUAGUGGCGACGAUAGUGGUGGGCGAAACUCCAAUCUCGAGGUAGCUUCACGAUACCUCGCGCGUUUAGUUGGCGCGCGGCACCCCGAAGAUUGGGACGGCGGAUAGAGACACUCCGUGCAAGUAAAAAGAGAGUAGGAUACGAGAAACAAGAAGCGAGACAGCGACGAGCGACCAUACGACGAGUGACGACGACGACGCAAGACGAAGACGAAGACGAUCGAAUCUGAAAAUAAGAAAAAAAGAGUUCCUCUUAAUUUUCUCCGUUUUGUUCUCGCGCGAGCUUGUAGAAUUUUCGAGCCGAGUCUCCCCAAGCCGAGUGUGUGCGUCUCAUUGUCUGCCUCGGGAGGGUUGGAGUGAUCCAGGAAUAAGCGACUGUUCGCCGUCGUCAGGUGUCCGAAGAAACGCUCGGCCAGGUGCUGGGACUCGCACCUUUAGAAGGAAAAGCGCUCAUCCUCUUCUGAAGACACUUCAAUAUUCUCAAAAGUGAAAAGCGAGUAAAAGUGAACGUCGAGCUCAGAAGAAAUCCGCGACAGAAACAGGUUGGAUGGUGCCGCAGGUCGGCGCCAUUUAAACCGACGAGCUGGGCGAAGGAGCUAUUUCCUUCCUUAAGUCGCGGGUGUGAACACGCAAACGGGAUCUUCCAGGUCUCGUUGUAAAGACAGGUGCGAAGGCGUGCCUCCACAAUGGGGGUCGCCGACGACCUCGCGCCCAGCUUUACGCAAAAGCCGCAAUUGCGGCAGGAAGACGACGGCAAUCGGCUGAUAUUCGAAUGUCAGCUAGUGAGUUCACCUAAACCCGACAUUUCCUGGUUCCGCGGCGAGACCGAACUUAGCGAAGAUGACAGGACCAACUUCAAGGUGCAGAGUGUCGGAACCAAUAAGUUCCUGGUGGUACUCGAGCUCGACGAUGUCAUCGAGACCGACGCAGGCCUCUACAAGGUCAAGGCGAAGAACAAGAUGGGCGAGGUCGCUGCCUCUAUCAACCUCAACUUUAGUCCAAUGGAUGAGCCUAGAGAGAAACAAAUUGACGGCAUCGCGCCGACUUUCGCGAAGAAACCCGCGAUUAGACAGGAGGACGACGGUAAACGGCUGUUGUUCGAGUGUCGUAUCACAGCCGAUCCCACACCGAAAAUCACAUGGUUUCAUACCGGGAACAUGGUCAAAGAUUCGUCGAGGCACAAGCUAACUGUCGAUAAAGAUGGCCACUCGUACUUCGCCACUCUAGAAAUAAAAAACGUGACCGUCGAGGAUGCUGGCAAAUAUAAGGUCACGGCGAAGAACGAGCUCGGCGAGUCUAACGCUACGAUUUCCCUGAAUUUUGACAGCGACGAGGCACCCGUACCGGAUGACGGUAUUAAACCUACCUUCACCGAACGACCGGUGAUUAGACAAUCCGACGACGGUAACACCAUCACCUUCGAAUGCCGACUUGUCGGUGAUCCGAAACCAAGUGUCAAGUGGUAUCACGGUACCGAGGAAGUGAAAGACGGCGGGCGAUUCACCACAUCACUGGAACUUGAUCAGAAGCUGUACCAUCUCGCAAGGCUGAGGAUCGACAAUGUGGCAAAGGGGGAUGCGGGCGAAUACAGGGCCGUGGCAAAGAAUAAGCACGGCCAGGGGGUAGCGACUAUUAAUUUGAACUUCGAAGGUGGCGACAGGCUCAAAAUACCGGACGGUAAGCCACCGCGUUUUCCAAAGAAGCCAACGAUCCGUCAGGAGGGCGAUUUACUCAUCAUGGAGUGUAUUCUGGAGGCACAUCCGGUGCCGGACAUAACAUGGUACCAAGGUCAGAAAACGAUUAUCGACAGUAAUCGCGUGAAGAUGUCACGCAAGGCAACCGGCAAGGACACAUAUCUGCUGACCCUCGAGAUCUCAAAUCCGACCAAGGCUGACGGUGGGAAUUACCGUUGCAACGCCUUUAACAACUUCGGCGAGAGUAAUGCCAACAUCUCCCUCAACUUCCAAGAAGAGGGCGCGGGUUGCGCUCCGUCCUUUAUUGAGAAACCUCGUAUCAUCCCGAACGAAACCGGUACGCUGAUUACCAUGAAGUGUAAAUGCAAAGCGAAUCCCAAGCCGGAGGUCACGUGGUUCCGCGGUACCAACGUGGUCAAAGAAUCAUCGAAGAUCUCGAUUAAGUCCAAAACGAUUGAAGAAGACGUAUAUGAACUUAUCAUGGAAAUAAAGGACCCAUCGGCACCGGACGGUGGCACUUAUAGGUGUCACGUGAAGAACGAGUACGGCGAAAGCAACGCUAAUCUGAAUUUGAAUAUCGAGGCGGAACCGGAACCAGAGGGAGACGGGCCGACGUUUGUAGAGAAGCCGCGGAUACAGUCGCAAAACAAAGGCAAACUCGUCAUCAUGGAUUGCAAAGUGAAGGCAAAGCCGAAGCCACAGAUCGUGUGGACUCAUGCAGGCAAAGUGGUAAAGGAGUCCUCGAAAAUCUCCAUUAGCAUCGUUUCAGAGAAAGAGGACAUUUAUUAUAUCAAACUAACUCUAAACGAUCCUGGACCGGAUGAUUCCGGACUCUACAAGUGUAACAUUAAGAAUGAUCUUGGUGAACUCAAUGCCAAUCUUACGCUAAAUGUUGAAAUUGUACCCGUAAUUAAGGAAAAGCCGAAGGUGGUAAAGAUUGUUAAAAAGAAGACAGUCGUAAUUGAAUGUCACGUUCUUUCUCAAUUUGCGCCUGAUUGCACGUGGUUCAAGGAAAGUCAAGCCGUUAAGGAGGAUAAUAGACACAAGUUGCACGUCGAACAAGUUAAAGAAGGUGAAUUCACUAUAAAACUCGAAAUUGAACAAAUGUCGACGACAGAUAAAGGCACAUAUAAAUUAGUGGCACGCAAUGAUAAAGGCGAAGCCACAUCACAAGUAGUGGAAGUGACGGAAAUUCCAGACCAAGGAGAAAAACCCAAAAUUGUUACCGGCCUCAAAUCAAUUACUGUCGAGGAAGGUAAAACGGUCGAGCUCGUCGCAACUCUCACAACGCAAGAUCGAAAAGUCACUGUCACGUGGUAUAAAAAUUCCACAGUCAUCAAAGCGUCAAAGGACAUCAUGAUUUCCUUUAAUGGCCUGGAUAUGAAAUUGACUAUCACCUCAGCAUCGACAGAAUUCUCAGGAAUGUAUAAAGUCACCGUGAGCAAUGAAUACGGUCAAGAUGAGUCGUCGGCUCGUCUCGUCGUCAAUAAGAAAGAAGAAAAGAAAAAAGAGGAGGAGGAAGAGAAGAAGAAGAAAAAGGUUGAGAAGAAAGAGGAGAAAAAAGAGGAAGAAAAGAAAGAAGAAAAGAAAGUAGAGAAGAAAAUCGAAGAAAAGAAGGAGGAAAAGAAGGAAGAAAAGAAGAUCGAGGAAGAGGAAGAAGUGAAAAUGGAGAUUUUACAGAAAAAAGCCGCUGAGAAAAUUGAAGACAAAAAGGAAGAAGAAAAGAAAAAAAUUAUCAAAAAGAAAGAACCCGAAUCCAAAGAGGUGCCUAAACCUGAGAAAACGGUGACUCGCAAGGAAUCAAUCAGCAGAGUGGAAGAACUUAAGACAGAGAGUCGUCGUAGUUCGAUCAUAAAGACUGAUGAGAAGACCGAAGAAGAAGUCAGGGUAGAAAGCAGACGAUCUUCUAUUAUAGAAAAGAAGAAAACGACUGAAAAGGAUGUAUCCGCAUUCAGGCCAAGAGCCAUUUCGCGAAUGAUUGAAGACGAGAACACACUCACAACGAAAAUCAAGCCACACACAUAUAAAUUCGACGAAGAGAUUCAGGAUAUUUGGUCAUCUAAACCGACAGAGCGCGGUAGUAAAUCGAUAAGACAUUAUGAGGAAAUUGCGAAGUCCAGGGCAACUUCUUUCGUUCAUGAAACUGAUCGUAAACCGAAGGUUGCACCUCAAGCUGCAAUUAAGCCACGCAUCCGCGAUUCGGAUGAUGAACGUGAGGAUGUUUGGAGUAUUCACAAUCCGGGAGAACGUGAUAAUGAAUCUAUGCCGUACAGAGAUAUGUCAACAGAUAAGACACACAAACCUCACAUACCCGAAGAUACAACACAUUCACAUCAAAAAUCAGAUGAAGACAAACCAAAAGAUAAAAUAUCACAUGACACCAUCGAAAAUAAGACACAUCCACAGAAAUCAGAUAAAGAGAUUGAGGAUAUUCUGAAAGAGAAAAAGCCACAUGAUACAUCUACUAGUAAAGUAUUAUCGCGUAAAUAUGAUGAUAAUUCAAAAGAUAAAACACUUUCUCAUGAUACACCAAUACAUGAAAUACAUCCGAAAAAAUUUGACGAUAAAAUUGAGAAUAUUUGGGCGAGUAAAGAACGCGAUAAUGACUCCUCCAAAAAGCAUGAAAAAGAUGUUCCGAAAGAGAAAACAUGUUUGCGUGAUAUACCUACGAGUAAAACAUUUGCGUAUAAAUCCGGUGAUAUUUCAAAAGAUAAAACAUUUUCUUAUGACACACCUACUUAUAAAAUACAUUCGCAAGAAAAAAUUGAGGAUACAUCGAUUAAGCCAAAAGAACGUGUUGUCGAUUCAAAGAAAUCUAAAGACAUACCAAAAGUUAAGACACUUUUAUGCGAUACACCUACAGCUAAACUACAAUCACAAAAACCUAACGAAGUGUCACAACAGAGAAAGAAAACACAUGACACAUCUAUUCAAAAAAUACGUCCACACAAAUCUGAUGAAAAAAUUGGGGAUUUACCGAAAUUUAAAGAUAAAUCGUCUCGUCGUCAAUCUGACGAAAAAAUCGAGGAUAUUUCGUCCAAACAAAGGGAACAUGAAAACAAACCAAACAAAACAGAUGAGGAUACACCGGAAAUUAAGGCUAAAAGACGCGUAUCGAAACCUGAUGAUCAAACUGAAGGAGAUAAAAUAGCUUUGGACAAAAUAAAAAUACGUGAUAUCAAGUCCAAGCCAAAUGAUGAGGAUAAAUUGAUGCCGAAAUCGAAAGGACAUGACGAUAAACGCGUUGCACAUGAUGAGGAUACCGUAUGUUCCACGGACACAUUUCACAAACUUCCACUAGAUCGAGAUGUCAAAAUUUACUACACGCACUAUAAUUAUGAUGUAUGGGCAAAUCCGCCAAAAUCCAUUGAGCACAAAAAUUUUAUUACAUCCGAUAAGGAUGUUUUAUUAUCUACUGUUAAACCACAAACGCAUGAAUUCGAUGAUGAUAUUGAGGAUAUUUGGGCUUCGAAAAUCGAGGACGACGCGCCUAAACCAAUCAAAAAAUUGGAGGAUUUGCAAAUUUCCAAAGUUGCGCCGUAUAAAAAUGGGGUUAAAAUAGAGGAACUUGCAUUCACAUCUGCGCCUAAAUUUGCAUCCAAAUCUAAGGACAGCAUAAGCAAACCUAAAGAAUCCAGGGAGGGCGAUAUACCUGAAUACGAAAAAAGCGAGAUUAAACCCAAAGAGAAGACCAAAGAUAUUAACUCUACAUUUGACAAGGAAGAAGUGCCCAAGAAAAAGGUGUCCACUAGACGUAAAUCGACUAAGUCAACGGAAGGAUCCGAGGAUCAAAAACCAGUAUCGAAAUCAAAGAAGAAAAAACCUAAAUCCGCGGAUGAAUCUAAGAAAGAGGAACCGAUCACAAAACCGAAAACUCCCGGAAAACCAGAACCGAAGGCAGAAGUCAAGCCUAAACCGGGAGAGACGAAGAUGGAACCAAAAGCCAAAUCUAAAGCAGAGGAAGUAAAGGAAGCCAAGUCCAAACCAGACGAAUCAAAGGAGGAAGCGAAAGCUAAACCUAAACUAGAGGAAGUAAAGGAAGUGUCAAAGACGAAGUCUAAAUCGAGCGAAAUAAAGGAGGAACCAAAAGCUAAAAUUAAAGAGGAAGAUGUAAAGGUUGAAGAAAAGCCUAAGGCUAAACCAGGGGAAGUCAAGAAAGAGGAACCUGCAACGAAACUUACAUCUAAACCAGUAGAACCGAAGAAAGAAGAAGAGAUUACUAAGAAAGGUCUGAAAUCCGUCAAGCAACUCGAGGAGGAGAAGAAAACUCAAGAAAAAGUCGAGCUUAAGCCGAAGAAUAUCAUCGAGACCAAACCGAAAUCCCGUUUACCACCAAAACAGGAAGUAAAAACCGAAAGCUUUCAGGGGAUUCAGCUUAAACCAGUUACGAAGGAUCCGAAACAGCCUCAACAGGCUGAAAAUAGUGGGGUGGAUCUCAAGAAAACUGAGAAGACAGAAAAGGUCGAUGCGAAGAAGGCAAAGGCAACGAAGGUAGCGAAGGAUGCAGGUUACGAGCUCCCGGAGAUUCCGGAUUAUGAAAGGGCUGUCCUGGAGAAACCUCAAGAAUUUGAUUUUGGUGAAUUUGUUCCUCGCGAUAAAACGAAACUUGAAAGACCGGUCACACAGAAAUUCGAUUCUAAGCCGAAGUUACCGGAAAUUAAAGCGCCCGAAACACCCAAGAUUGAAGUUAUCAAAGACGUGACACCGGUCGGCAGCAGGAAGAGCUCUUUAGCACCCGGAAGUGGUGCUGGCAGUCGACGUGGUUCGCUCAUACCGCCCGAGGAAUUAGGUCGUAGGCCCAGCUUGAUCAUUAGUGACGAGGAGCAUAGGAAGCUUCGUCCUGGCGAGGUGCUGGACGAGCGAAAGUUGGGAAAGUUACGGCCCGGUGAGGUUUUCGAAACAAAGCGUCGUCGUCCGAGUACAGCGGACAUCAGAAGACCCAGCGUGGCGGACCUCGAGAAUAGAAUCAAUUUACCUAGUACACCUCUGCGAGAUGUUGGACCAGCUGGACCACCCCAGAUCGUCGAUGUUCAGGAAUCGUACUCUGCUGUCGAAGACUCGACGGCAUAUCUUACCGUCGCGGUGGAAGGCACGCCCGCGCCAACUUUCAAAUUCUACAAGGGUAUUACCGAGAUCAUCGAGGGUGGCCGCUUCAAGUUCCUCACUGACUCGGAGACCAACACGAUCACCCUCUGCAUGAGGAAGACGAAACCCAACGACGAGGGCACUUACAAGAUCGUCGUGAGCAACAUCCAUGGCGAAGAUUCCGCCGAGAUGCAGCUCUAUGUUUCCGACGCCAGUGGCAUGGACUUCCGUGCUAUGUUGAAGAAGAGGAAAUAUCAAAAAUGGGCGCGAGAAGAAGCUGAGCAAGAAAAAGUAGAUUUGAAGGAAGUCGAGAAGCCCAUGCCGGCAUUGAAGAAAGUAGAAAAGAAACAAGAAAGUUUCCUGAAGCCACUGGUAGAUCAGUAUGCCAAGGAAGGCAAAGAUAAAAAGGUCGUCUUCGAAGCGAACUUUUCGAAACCGAAUUGCAAGCCGAAAUGGUUCUUCCGAAAAGACGAAUUAUUCCCAUCGGCGAAAUACAAAUUUAAAAACGAGGAGGAUUGUUAUCAGCUCGUUAUUUCUGGACCCAAAGUCGAAGACACUGGAAAAUAUACGAUUGAAAUUGCUGGCGUAUCCAGCACAGCUUUUCUCAAUGUAGAUGAACCUGAUCCAACGUAUACCUUCCUAAAGCCGUUAUCGAAAAAGACUAGCGGCUUUACAAAGCACGAAGCUUACAUGGAAUGUACAGUUAGUUCUAAUAUGGCGCAAAUUUCCUGGUACAAAGGCAAAACGAAACUCGAGGAUGGAGAUCAGUAUAGUAUUUCCAAAGAUAUGUCCGGCGUGUGUCGGCUGGCAAUUAGGAGCGCAACUCUCGAAGAUAGUGGCGAAUACACUUGCAAGAUAAACAAGCAGACGGAUAAGACCGAAACCAUACUCACUAUAGUCGAAUAUCCUUACAAGUUCGUCAAAGUGUUGAAACACCAGCAGUUGAUUGAAAAGGAAACCUUGACAUUACUUUGCGAACUGGAUGAUGCCGCGGGUGAAGUCCAAUGGUUCAAGGGUGAUCAAGCAAUCACGCCUGAUAAAAGAAUACAAAUUAAGGAAGAAGGCAGGAAACGAAAGCUCGUUAUUAAAGAUUGUAAAGUCACCGAUGCCGGACUUUACUCUUGCGUGAGUAACGCAGACAAGACCGAAGCUGAAAUUGUGAUAAACUAUGCCAAUCGCUUCAACAAGAAGUUGAAGGAUACUGUCGCGGUUGAAAGAGAGAAGUUGGUGCUGGACGUCGAACUUCAAGAUCAGACCGCGCCAGCUGUAUUCUACUUUAAUGGCGAGAAGAUCGAACCUAAUGAGAGAGUGGAGAUCAAGAAUUUGGGCGGUGGUAAGCACCAGUUGGUCUUCAAUAAGUUGGAAAUGACAGACGAUGGCGAGAUCACGUGCGAGAGUGGUCAGCUAACGAGCAGUUGUAAGCUCACUGUAAAGAAAGGCGAAAGCAAGCCGAUCGUUGACUUCCCCGAUAAAGUCGAAGGACCCUGCAGCGCUCCAUUGGUCUUUGUCGUGCCUUUCAAAAUUGAUGGCACCAAGCAGAGUCAAGUAGAAGCGAAACUGAUGAAAGACGGCAAACCUCUACCUCUCAAGGACGUUGAAAUUGUCGUUGGUGAGGAUAAAAUCACAUAUAAAAUCAAGAAACCUCAACGCGAAUCAUCUGGUAUCUAUCAGAUUAAAAUUGGUAAUAAUCAGGGUGAAGAAGUAAAGGAUGUCAAUAUUGUUAUGCAAGACGUUCCAUCUCCACCGUAUGACGUUGAAGUUAACGAGAUUUUCCAAAAUUCUUGCGUCGUAUCCUUCAAACCAUCAAAGGAUGAAGGCGGUGCACCCAUCAUGAAAUAUGUUAUUGAACGCCUCGAUCUUAGCUUAAAGUCUCAAUGGGAUAGCGUGGGUGAAGUCAUGUCAGGCGAAAAAUGUGUCUACAAAGUCGAAGAUCUAAUUGCGAAGAGGGAAUACAAAUUCCGCAUACGAGCAGUGAAUAAACUCGGUUCCAGCGAACCGGCAAUGUUCGGCAAACCAGUCUUAGCCAAGGAUCCAUGGGAUGAACCAGGCAAACCUACAAAUGUCGACGUAACUGAUUGGGACAAAGAUCACGCUGAUCUGACAUGGACAAAGCCCGAAAAUGAUGGCGGAGCUCCGAUUACUGGCUAUAUAAUUGAGUACAAGGAAAAGUUUGGCAAGGAAUGGGUAACGGGCAAGGAGAUUGAAGGCGAUGUGACUCAGGCGACUAUUGACGGUCUCAAAGAAGGCACGCAAUACGAGUUUAGGAUACGAGCAGUAAACAAGGCAGGUCCUGGUGAACCGUCUGAUGUCACUAAACCAAUUAUCGCUAAGUGCCGAUUUGUUAAGCCAUACAUUGUUGGCGAUGGUCUUACAAACUUAGUUGUCAAAAAGGGUCAAGUCAUCAAGUACGAUAUCAAGUACGCUGGCGAGCCAGAACCAGAGGUGCACUGGUUCCUGGGCCAGAAGGAGAUAAUCCAAGAUUCGGCCGAAAGAGUCACAAUUGAUAAAUAUGAGAGAAAUACCGUACUAACAGUUAGGAAGACUACCAGACCUGAUUCCGGAAAAUAUAAAUUAGUAUUGACGAACAGUUCUGGCACCUGCGAAAGCGUUGCCGACGUUGUUGUUCUUGAUAAGCCGUCGAUUCCGCAAGGACCUCUCAAAGUGGAGGAAGUCCGCUCCGAUCACGUUAAAGUUAAGUGGGAUACGCCAGAGGAUAACGGCGGUACCGAUAUUACAGGCUAUGUAUUGGAAAAAAUGGAUCUGGAUACUGGACGAUGGAUUCCUGCCGGAGAAACAAGCCCCAACGAGAAGGUUUUCACGUUCUCUGGUCUAACGCCCAAGAAGAAAUAUAAAUUCCGUGUCAAAGCGGUCAAUAAGGAAGGCGAAUCUGAACCUUUGGAAGUUGAGGAAGCCAUUAUCGCGAAAAAUCCUUACGAUGAGCCCGGCAAACCUGGUAAGCCGCAAAUCUUUGAUUAUGAUAAUGUCAGUGUAUCUUUGAAAUGGGAGAAACCGCAGAACGACGGUGGCAGACCGAUCACUCAUUAUACUGUCGAGAUAAAGGACAAAUUCGCCGUCGACUGGGUUGAGGUAAUGAAGACUACCGAUUCAACACCUGAGGCUAAAGUUGAAGGUCUUAAAGAAAAGAUGGUGUAUCAAUUUCGCGUUCGCGCUCACAAUAAGGCCGGUUCUAGCGAGCCAAGCGAACCUACAGACAAUCAUUUGUGCAAACACCGGAAUUUGAGACCGAGAAUCGACCGAACCAAUUUCAAAUCAGUCAUCAUCAAAGCUGGUCGCACCCAUAAAUGGUCUGUGGAUGUAUCUGGUGAACCUCCACCGGAGAUUAGAUGGAUCUGGAGAGAUAACAUCCCAUUAACUACUACUGAGCGCAUUAAGAUCGAGAAUGUCGAGUAUCACACGGACUUUACGAUUGUGAAUGCAAUGCGCAAAGAUACCGGAAAGUACACGCUUGUUGCUGAGAAUGCUAAUGGCAAAGACGAAGAAACCGUCGAGCUUACUGUACUCGGAAAACCGGAUGCUCCUAAAGGACCUCUGGAAGUCAGCGAUGUCACCAAUACCUCGGCGAAAGUGAAAUGGGAGAAACCAGAGGAUGAUGGUGGUGUGCCAAUCAAAGAAUAUGAAAUCGAGAAGAUGGACACAAAGACUGGUAAAUGGGUCAGAGUCGGCAAAGUGCCUGGAAAUUCACCGAAUACUGAAUUUGAAGUCACUGGGUUGAAUCCUGGAAGCGAAUACAAGUUCCGCGUAACAGCUGUCAAUGACGAGGGUGAUUCGGAGCCUCUAGAGAGUGAACGUGGCGUUAUUGCCAAGAAUCCUUACGAUGAACCUUUGAAGCCUGGAACGCCCGAAAUCACCGAUUACGACAACGAAUCUGUAAGUUUGAAAUGGGCUCCACCGGAAUUCGAUGGAGGAGCUCCUAUCGAAAAAUAUAUUAUCGAGAAAAAAGAUCGGUACAAACCCGAUUGGGAAAAGGCUAUCGAAGUACCUGGAAAUCAACUUGAGGGCAAAGUACCCGAUUUAAAGGAAAGAGGCGAGUAUCAGUUCCGAGUUAUUGCCGUAAACAAAGCCGGACCGUCGCCUCCGUCCGACGCGUCAAAGAUGCAGAUCUGCAAACACAAAGCUCUGAAACCGAGAAUCGACAGAACGAAUUUGAAACCCAUCAUCGUUCGAGCCGGUAAAACUGUUAAGUACGACGUGGAUGUACGUGGCGAACCACCACCGGAAAUCAAAUGGUAUCACGUCGGCAAUGAAGUAAAAUCCGGUGAGAACAUUGAAAUCAUCAAUAUUGAUUACAACACGAAGCUCACUAUUACUGAUAGCCUGCGCAAAAAUACUGGCGUAUGGAAGAUCAAGGCUGUCAAUCCUCAUGGCGAAGAUGAGGCGGAAGUUGAAGUAACGAUAUUAUCGGCUCCCGGAAAGCCAAAAGGACCACUCAAAGUGGCGGAUGUCACGAAAAAUGGUUGCAAACUCAAAUGGGGCAAACCGGAAGACGAUGGUGGCAAACCGGUAACUGGAUACCAAGUGGAGAAAUUGGAUAAAUCGACAGGCAGAUGGAUACCAGUUGGUCGUACCGCAGAUACCGAAAUGGACGUAAAGGGUCUUCAGGAAGGACACGAAUAUGAGUUUAGAGUAAAAGCUCUAAAUGAAGAAGGAGAAUCGGAACCACUUGUAUCAGACGGUUCUACACUUGCAAAGAACCCUUAUGAUGUUUCAAGUAAGCCUGGAACACCGGAACUCGAAGAUUGGGACGUCGAUCGCGUCGAUCUCAAAUGGGAACCUCCAAAAGAUACUGGCGGUGCGCCAAUCACUGGUUACAUUAUUGAAAAGAAGGAGAAACCUUCUUCGCAAUGGGAGGAAGCUCUUGUCACCGACUCGCCACAACCAAAAGGUCGUGUUACCGGUUUGAAAAAAGGUUCUACUUAUCAGUUCCGUAUUCGAGCUGUUAACAAGGCUGGACCAUCGGAGCCUAGCGAUCCGACCAAGCCGCACGUUGCAAAAGCAAGAUUCCUGAAACCGCACAUCAACCGUGAUAAGCUGCAGACUAUCAAAGUAAGAGCAGGUCAAUUAGUGAAGUUGGAAGUUGAUGUCGAAGGUGAACCUCCUCCAACAGUUACAUGGAGUUUCGCUGGUGCACCACUUUCAACUGGAGCCAAUAUUAAAAUUGAUAACGAAGAUUACCUCACUAAGAUUCAGUUAAUAAAUACCAGUCGAAAGUUAACUGGAAAAUAUACUAUCAAGGCUGUGAACGAUUCUGGACAAGAUGAGGCCGAUGUAGAAAUUAACAUUCUUGACAAGCCUGGAAAGCCGGAAGGACCACUGGAAGUGACCGACGUGCACAAAGAGGGCUGCAAAUUGAAGUGGAGCAAGCCGAAAGAUGAUGGUGGACUUCCCCUGUCCAGUUACAUAGUAGAAAAAAUGGAUGUGACGACAGGUCGUUGGGUACCAGCCGGUAUCGUGGACCCUGAUAAAACUGAACACGCAGUUACCGGUUUGGAACCUGGCCAUAAGUACGAAUUUCGUGUAAAGGCUGUGAAUGAAGAGGGAGAAUCAGAACCUCUGCAAACCGACGUUGGCAUCGUAGCUAAAAAUCCAUAUGAUGCUCCAGCGGCGCCUGGACUUCCAGAGAUUGUCGAUUGGUCAGAGAAUAUGGUAAAGCUUAAGUGGGAACCACCAAUAAGAGACGGCGGUGCACCAAUUACUGGAUAUAUCAUCGAAAUGAAGGAUAAAUUCGGUACUAAUUUCGUCAAGGCUGCUGAAGUGCAAGGGCCCGUAUGUACUGGCACAGUUCCACGUUUAGAAGAAGGUAAUCAGUAUCAAUUCAGAAUACGCGCCGUUAAUAAAGCUGGACCUGGUGAACCUAGCGAGGCUACCAAUCCGCACACUGCUAAAGCUCGUUGGCUGAAACCGUAUAUUGAUCGCACGAAUCUGCAACCCAUAACGGUAAAAGUUGGCCUUACUGUAAGUCUGGAUGUAAACAUAAUUGGCGAGCCGCCGCCAAAAGUAACUUGGACUUUCAAAGAUAAGGAACUCGUAUCGGAUGACACGAUACGAAUCGACAAUGUUGAUUACAACACGAAAUUCUUUAUACUAAAAACUAAACGCGCACACACUGGCAAAUACGUGAUCAAUGCGAAGAACGAAGUCGGCGAGGAUACUGCUGAAGUAGAAAUCACUGUUCUUGGCAAGCCCAGCAAGCCAAAAGGUCCUUUGGAAGUGAGCGAUGUUAACAAACAUGGCUGCAAACUCAAAUGGGACAAACCCGAAGAUGAUGGUGGUGCACCGGUCGAAUACUAUGAGAUCGAGAAGCUGGAUCCUCUUACAGGACAAUGGGUACCUUGUGGUCGUAGUACCGAACCUGAAGCAACCAUUACAGGAUUGCAGGAAGGUAAACCAUAUAAAUUCCGCGUGAAAGCUGUCAAUAGAGAAGGAGAAUCUGAUGAUUUGGAAGCUGACAAGUCCAUCAUAGCUAAAAAUCCAUUCGAUGAACCGGGUAAACCUGGUCGACCUGAACUCAAGAACUGGGACAAAGAUUUCGUCGAUCUCGAAUGGACUCCUCCCAAAGAUGAUGGUGGUGCGCCAAUCGAGAAGUACAUUGUGCAGAUGCGAGACAAAGAAGGCAGACAAUGGGUGGAUGUUGCUAAGGUUUCAGGAGACCGAACUGCUGCUAAAGUGACUGACGGUAUCCAGGAAGGUCAUGAAUAUGAGUUUAGGAUCGUGGCAGUCAAUAAAGCUGGACCUGGCGAGCCCAGUGAUACUUCAAAAAGCGUCGUGGCUAAACCUCGAUUCUUGGCACCGCACAUUGAUCGUAAAAAUCUCCACAAGAAAAUCAUGCGAAUUGGCCAGAUGCUGCGACUUGAGGCUGACAUCAAGGGUGAGCCGCCACCAAUUGUUACGUGGAAACUCAAGGAUAAGGUGCUGAAGAGCAUGGAUCGACUCAAGAUUGAGAACGAGGAUUAUCAUACUAUGUUUAUCCUUAAUAAGCUUCAGCGUUCGGAUACCGGCACAUACACCGUUAUUGCCAAGAAUGACAGUGGCACUGAUCAGGUCGACGUCGAGCUUCAGGUUCUAAGUAAGCCUGGCAAACCAAAAGGACCGCUUGAAGUGUCCGAUGUGACAGCCGAAGGUUGUAAGCUAAAAUGGAACAAACCCGAUGAUGACGGUGGCGAACCGGUUGAUCAUUAUGUUGUCGAAAGAAUGGAUGUGGACACUGGACGUUGGGUACCAUGCGGUACUAGCAAAACUCCAGAAGCAGACGUGUCUGGAUUAAACGAGGGCAAGGAUUAUCAAUUCCGUGUCAAAGCUGUAAACUCCGAGGGCGAAUCCGAACCUCUAGAAACGUCCAUACCGACAACUGCCAAAAAUCCUUAUUCUGAACCCGAUGCACCUGGCAAACCCGAAUUGAAGGACUGGUCGAAGAAUCAUGUUGACUUGAAAUGGAAAGCCCCGAAGAAGGACGGCGGUGCACCAAUUGAAAAAUAUAUCAUUGAAAAGAAAGAUCAAUAUGGCAAAUGGCAGAAAGCCGCGGAAGUUCCGGGUAACAAAACCGAAGCCAAAGUACCAGAUCUUGUGGAAGGUCAAAAAUAUCAAUUCCGAGUUAAGGCCGUGAACAAAGGUGGCCAGAGCAAGCCCAGCGAACCCAGCGAAACCCUGAUCGCCAAGGAUCGCUACGCCGCGCCCAAGAUCGAUCGCACAAAUCUGAAGGAUAUUACAAUCAAGGCCGGUAGUGUCAUUCGGCUGGAUGUCAAAGUUACGGGUGAACCACCGCCAAGCAAGACAUGGUUCCUGAACAAGGCUAAGCAGGAAUCCGGCAACGUCUUGACCAUUGAAACGGAGGAUUACAAGACCAAGUUCGUAGUCUCAUCGGCGACUAGGGCGCACUGUGGCACGUUGACUUUGAAGGCGGAGAAUAGUUCCGGCAAAGAUGAGGCGUCCAUCGAGAUCUUGGUAUUGGACAAACCUAGCAAACCUGAAGGACCACUCAAGGUUUCCGACGUACAUAAAGAGGGCUGUACUCUCAAGUGGAAUCCACCAGCGGAUGAUGGUGGUGUACCUUUGGAUCACUAUGUGGUCGAGAAGAUGGAUACAGAAACCGGUAGAUGGAUACCUGUCGCACGUACUAAGGAACCCACAAUGGAGGUAGAGAACUUGGUGCCCGGACAGGAAUACAAGUUUCGAGUUGCGGCUGUAAACGCGGAAGGUGAAUCCGAACCAUUAGAGACCGAGCAUGGAAUCGUUGCCAAGAAUCCAUUUGAUGAACCUGGUGCACCAGGACGUCCGGAAGCGACCGACUGGGACAAGGAUCACGUGGAUCUGCGAUGGACUCCACCGUUAAAAGACGGCGGAUCUCCAAUCACCGGAUACGUGAUCGAGAAGCGGGAGAAGGGCGCACCCAAGUGGAUCAAAGCAUGCGAGACUGGGCCGGAUUGCAAGGGCCGCGUCGACAAUCUCGACGAAGGUGUCGAAUAUGAAUUCAGAGUCAAGGCCAUUAAUGCUGCUGGUCUCGGUGAACCAUCCGAUGCUAGCAAACCGAUUACCGCCAAAAGUCGAAGACUCCCGCCGAAGAUUGACAGACGUAAUCUGCGCGAUAUAACUGUGCGCGAAAACGAAGCAUUCCACUUUGACGUCAAAAUUAUCGGAGAACCACCGCCAGACGUUACAUGGGUAAUCAACAAUAAGAGUAUCCAGCAAACCACACAUCGCAGAAUACAAAAUGUGCCUUACAAUAGCAAAUUCUUCAACGAUAAGCCCGAACGUAAGGAUAGUGGCACUUAUAAAAUCACAGCAGUCAAUCAGCAUGGAUCCGAUACCGCCGAAGUCGAAGUCACCGUUGUCUCCAAGCCUGGCAAACCAGAAGGACCAUUGGAGGUAUCUGACGUGCACAAAGAAGGAUGUACGCUUAAAUGGAAGAAACCUAAGGAUGACGGUGGAGAACCACUUGAAGGCUAUCUUGUGGAGAAGUUUGAUCCAGAGACCGGUGUCUGGUUACCAGUUGGUAAAACUACUGGGCCCGAGAUGAAGGUCGAAGGGCUUAUACCGGGACAUGAGUACAAGUUCCGAGUCAAAGCACUUAAUAAAGAAGGAGAGUCUGAACCAUUGGAAACCUUUAGCUCCAUCGUAGCGAAAGAUCCGUUCACUGUACCAACUGCACCUGGAGCACCGGAACCGGUCGAUUGGACAGCUAAUCAGGUUGAACUUGCCUGGAAAGAACCUGUCAGCGAUGGUGGAUCGCCUAUCACGGGCUACAUCAUUGAGAAGAAAGAUAAAUACAGCACUAUGUGGGAGAAGGCUUUGGAAACCGGGACACCGGUCACCAAAGCUUUGGUACAUGGUCUAAUAGAAGGCAAUGAUUAUCAAUUCCGCGUGAUUGCCGUAAACAAGGCUGGUCAGUCAGAGCCUGGUGAAGCAAGCAAGACGUUUACUGCUAAGCCGCGUUUCUUGGCCCCGAAGAUUGACAGGCGCAAUUUGAGGGACGUUACCCUGUCCGCUGGCUCGAUGCUGAAAUUCGAUGCCAAUGUGAUCGGCGAACCACCACCACAUAUCGAGUGGCGUUACGGCGCAAUACCACUUCAUUCCGAUCGCAAGGUGCAGAUCGACAACAUCGACUACAAUACCAAAUUUAGCAUACGUCCGGUAUCGCGGGACGACAGUGGUGAUUACACUGUUACUGCCAGCAAUUCAUCGGGCAAAGACUCGGUGACGGUGCAGGUGACGGUGACGGACAAACCUACGCCGCCUGAGGGACCGCUUCAGGUGUCGGAUGUACACAAGGAAGGAUGCAAGUUGAAGUGGAAGAGACCUAAAGACGACGGCGGCACGCCCAUCGAGUAUUACCAAGUGGAUAAAAUGGACCCGGAGACCGGAUGUUGGGUACCUUGCGGACGUUCUACCGAACCGACUCUCGAGGUGACAGGUUUAACACCUGGCAAGGAGUAUCUCUUCCGGGUGGCCGCUGUCAAUGCCGAGGGCGAAUCAAAACCUUUGGAAGCGGAGCAGACGAUAGUAGCCAAAAAUCCAUUUGACGAACCAGGCAAACCGGGUGAUCUCCGAGCCACUGAUUGGGAUAAGGAUCACGUCGAUUUGAAAUGGACUCCGCCGGAGAAUGAUGGCGGUUCGCCAAUCACUGGUUACGUAAUUGAAAAGAAAGACAAGUACGGCGAAUGGGAGAAGACACUGGAGGUGCCUGCAGAUGAAACAUUCGCUACAGUACCAGAUCUUAUCGAAGGUCAACCAUACGAGUUCCGCGUGCGUGCCGUGAACAAAGCUGGACCUGGUGAACCGUCGGACGCCACGCCGACUAUCAUAGCCAAACCACGCAAUCUAGCGCCCAGGAUUGAUCGUACCAACUUAAUUGAAGUGAAGAUCAAGGCCGGCCAAAACUUCAACUUCGAUUGUAAAGUAACGGGCGAGCCACCGCCAACUACCAAAUGGAUGCUAAAUGGUAAGGAGGUCCGACCGUCUGAGCGUGUUAAAGUCAAGCACGUGGAUUACAACACUAGUUUGAACGUGCGGAUGGCUACGCGUGCGGAAUCCGGCAAAUACACUAUCACUGCUGAAAAUAUUAAUGGCCGAGAUGAGGCAUUCGUCAAAGUAACUGUGCUGGAUAAGCCGAGUCCACCUCAAGGUCCACUUCGCGCAUCUGAUGUGCACGCCGAAGGCUGCAAACUCACGUGGAAACCGCCUGAAGAUGAUGGUGGGCAGCCAGUUGAGAAAUAUGUCGUGGAAAAAAUGGACGAGGCCACAGGUCGUUGGGUGCCGGCCGGAGAGACUGAUGGACCGGAAACGAACUUGCAAGUGGAAGGCUUGACGCCAGGGCAUAAAUACAAAUUCAGAGUGCGAGCAGUUAACAAGCAGGGUAAAUCUGAGCCUCUCACCGCCAUGCAGGGCAUUGAGGCGAAGAAUCCUUUCGAUGAACCAGGAAAACCGGGUACGCCAGAGGUGAUUGAUUAUGAUAGGGACUUCGUUGAGCUUCAAUGGAGUCGUCCUGAGGAAGAUGGUGGAUCACCAAUCACCGGUUAUAUCAUAGAGAAACGCGACAAAUACAGUCCGACCUGGGAGAAAUGCGCAGAAAUUGAUGGCGACACGAAUCGUGGAAGAGUCGACGAUCUAGUCGAGGGAACUCCAUACGAAUUCCGUGUAAGAGCUGUCAACAAGGCUGGUCCUGGCGAAGCUUCGGAGGCGUCCAAAUCCCAUAUAGCGCGACCGAAGAAUCUCCCACCGAAAAUUGACAGGAAGUACAUGUUAGACGUGAAAGUGCGUGCUGGCAGUUUCUUCGACUUCGAUGUGCCGGUAACUGGCGAGCCACCACCAAGCAAGGAGUGGUCGCUAAAAGAUAACGUAGUGAUGGCAAGUGAUCGUAUCAAGAUCAUCAAUGAGGAUUACAACACUAAAGUACGCGUGAUGGAGGCGAAACGUUCCGAUUCCGGCAUCUAUACGCUUGUGGCCAAGAAUGUGAACGGCAAAGAUUCUGCUACAUUAACGGUGAACGUGCUGGAUGUACCUUUGCCACCAGAAGGUCCAUUGAAGAUCGACAACGUCACUAAAAAUGGCUGCACUUUGAAGUGGCGGCCACCCAAGGAUGACGGCGGUUCUGAGAUCCAAUAUUAUCAGGUUGAGAAAAUGGAUAUGGAAAAUAUGCGCUGGGUGCCUGUGGCUGAGGCUAACACCACUUCAGCGCAUGUGGGCCACCUGAUUGAGGGACACGACUAUCAGUUCCGUGUUCGAGCGGUCAAUAAGCAAGGCGAGUCUCAGCCAUUGACGGGAAUGGACACUAUCACUGCCAAGGAUCCGUUUGCUAAGCCAGACAAACCUGGUACGCCGGUCGCCACCGACUGGGAUAAAGAUCAUGUAGAUCUGGAAUGGACACCACCUAAGAAAGACGGCGGAUCGCCCAUAACCAGCUAUAUUAUCGAAAAACGACCUCGUUUUGGACAAUGGGAAAAGGCUGCUGAGAUACCCGGAAACCAGACUAGCGGCAGAGUACCUGAUCUGACCGAGGGUCAAGAAUACGAGUUCAGAGUCAUCGCUGUGAACAAGGGCGGACCUGGUGAACCAUCCGAAGCAUCGGCGCCAAUUGUUGCUAAGCCUCGUUUCAUUGCUCCUUCGUUCGACACACAUUUGCUGCACGAUUUGGUGGUUCGCGCCGGUCAGAAAAUCAGUUACAACAUUCCUAUUGUGGCGUCACCUAAACCGAAGGCAACGUGGAAUCGCGAUGGUGUACAGAUUGUAGCCGAUGCUCGUCAUGAGAUGUACACUACUAACACUGAAACUUCCUUCGAGAUUCCAUUCUCUGUCCGUAGUGAUACUGGACGUUAUACUCUAACUUUGGAGAACGAACAUGGUAGUUUCAGUGCCAGCGCGAGAGUCACUGUUCUCGACAGACCGGCACCGCCAGAGAAACCUUUGGAUGUCAGCAAUGUCACCAAAGAAGGUUGCCACUUAACGUGGGGACAUCCUCUUGAUGAUGGCGGAAGUUCCAUUUUGCACUAUGUUAUUGAGAAGAUGGACUUGUCUCGUGGAACUUGGUCUGACGCCGGUAUGAGCAUGGUGUUGAGCCAUGAGGUCAACCGUCUGAUUCAUCGCAAAGAAUAUUUAUUCCGUGUUAAAGCUGUUAAUAAUAUCGGAGAAUCCGAUCCGCUCGAGACCACGAAAAGCAUCAUCGCGAAGAACGAAUUUGAUGAACCGGACGCGCCUGGCAAACCGCAAAUCAUGGACUGGGACAAAGACCAUGUAGAUUUACAAUGGCCGGUGCCAAAGAAUGACGGUGGAUCACCGAUCACAGGCUAUAUUGUUCAGAAGAAAGAGAAGGGCAGCCCUUAUUGGGUGAAUGCAGUACACGUACCGGCUGGUCAAAACAGUACGACUGUUCCAGAUCUGACAGAAGGUCAAGAUUAUGAAUUCCGUGUGAUCGCUGUCAAUGCCGCCGGUCAAUCUGAACCAUCGGAACCUAGCGAUCUCGUCACUGCCAAACCUCGUUUUCUGGCUCCGAAAAUCAAAACGCCCUUACAGGACGUUCGUAUCAAGGCUGGACUUAUUUUUCAUGUGGAUAUCGACUUCAUCGGCGAACCGACGCCGGAAGCAAGUUGGAGUGUAGGAAGCAAUGAAUUGACUUCCAAUGAUAGAACGACGAUCACAUCGAUUGGCUAUCAUACAAUUGUGCAUAUCGUCAAUGCUAAAAGGUCUGACUCAGGAUUAUACCAUUUGUUGCUAAAGAAUAGCAGCGGCAUAGAUGAAGGCAGCUUCCAAGUGACCGUCUUAGAUAAACCUGGACCGCCGGAAGGUCCUUUGCAAUAUGAAGAAAUCACCAAUCAAUCCGUCACGCUCUCGUGGAAGCCACCCAAGGAUAAUGGAGGCAGCGAACUUACUGGAUACGUCAUUGAAAAGCGCGAUCUCACGCAUGGUGGUGGUUGGGUGCCUGCAGUUACACAUGUCAAUCCCAAGUAUAAUCAUGCUACUGUGCCAAGAUUGCUAGAAGGAACUACUUACGAAUUUCGCGUGUCUGCAGAAAAUCUUCAGGGUCGUUCUGAACCAUUGACCACCGAUCGAUCUGUUGUUGCCAAAAAUCAAUUCGUUGUUCCUGGACAACCCGGCAAGCCAGAAUGCGUGGACGCCGAUAAAGAUCACAUCAAGAUCAAAUGGACUCCACCUAUUAGCAACGGCGGCUCCAAGAUCAUUGGUUACGAUGUGGAGCGUCGUGAUCGUGCUACAGGUCGCUGGAUAAAGCAGAACAAAGAACCUGUCAGAUAUCCUGAAUAUUACGAUGAUCAUGUGACCGAGGGUCAUCAAUAUGAAUAUCGCGUAUCGGCUAUAAAUGCCGCAGGCGCCGGAAAAGCGAGCGAGACUUCAUCCGUGUUCACGGCUAAACCUAUGAAGGAGAAACCGAAACUUUAUCUAGAUGCUCUAAUUGGACGUAAGAUCAAGGUCCGCGCUGGAGAACCAAUCAAUGUCAACAUACCAUUGUCCGGCGCGCCCACGCCAAAGAUCGAAUGGACCAAGGAUGGAAGAUCGCUCAUGGAAACUCUUCGCCUAUCUACUGAGACUAAGAGCGAUCGAACACAACUUCUGAUCGAAAAAUCCGUGCGAGAUGACGGUGGCAUGUAUACCGUGACGGCGACGAAUGAGCAUGGAAAAGAUUCAGCUGACAUCGAAGUGAUAGUCGUGGAUAAACCUGGACCGCCUCAGGGUCCUUUGCAAUACACUGGCACGACGCAAGAAUCCAUCGGCCUGUCCUGGAACCCACCGGCGGACAAUGGCGGAUCUGAUAUCACGAACUACAUUGUCGAAGUUUCUGAUUAUGAUUCUGACAAUUGGCGACAAGUGCCGGGAUACGUUCCCAGGACGAACUUUACGGCGAAGGGGUUGACUGAAGGCAAAAAGUAUGUCUUUAGAGUCCGUGCUGAGAACAUGUACGGUGUAUCAGAACCCUUGGAGGGCAAACCCGUAAUCGCCAAGAGUCCGUAUGAUCCACCGGAUGCACCAAAUCAACCUGAAAUUCUUGGUUACACUCCUAAUAGUUGCAGUCUGGCAUGGAAUCCACCUAUCAAUACCGGAGGAAAGCCUAUAACUGGUUAUUACGUGGAAAAGCGUGAGCGCGGCGGUGAAUGGUUGAAGGUUAACAAUUACCCGACACCAAACACGACAUUUACCGUGCAGGAUCUUCACGAAGGUUCGCGAUAUGAGUUUAGAGUAAGUGCUGUUAAUGAGGCUGGACCUGGAAAACCCAGCAAACCCACUGAACCAAUCAUAGCCGGACAUCAACGCUUACGUCCUGAUGCACCUGAGCCGCCCAAGGCGGACAGGAUCACCAAGGAUUCAGUGACCCUAAGCUGGCGAUCACCGCGAAGUGACGGUGGUUCAAAAAUUCGAGGAUAUAUUAUCCAAAAGAAGGCUAAGGGUGAUGACGAUUGGUCAGAUGUAAAUGGUGCGCCCAUACCGAGCAACGUAUAUACUGUGCCAAAUUUAAAAGAGGGCGAGGAGUAUCUCUUCAGAGUAUUUGCAGUGAACGAUGUCGGUAGCAGCGACCCGAGUCGACCCAGUAAUCCAAUUGUCAUCGAAGAACAACCUAACAAACCAGUUAUGGAUCUUGGUGGAGUUCGCGACAUUACCGUUCGCGCCGGCGAGGACUUUUCUAUUCACGUGCCUUACAUUGGCUUCCCCAAACCGACCGCCACGUGGUUUGCCAAUGAUGUCAUUAAGGAUGAAACCGAUCCACGUGUGCAUCAACAGCUAGCUGAUGAUUUUGCCAGUCUGGUAGUGAAGAAUGCAAAACGUUCAGAUGGAGGACAGUAUAGACUCCAGUUACGCAACUCAUCUGGAUUUGAUACAGCAACCGUUAACGUCAAGGUCCUCGAUCGUCCUAGUCCACCCGAAAAUCUUCGCGCGGAUGAAUUCGGUGGCGAUGCUCUUACUCUCUUCUGGAAUCCGCCCAAGGACAAUGGUGGUGCUGACAUUACUAAUUACGUGAUCGAAAAGAAGGAAUUGAAGGCUGUCACAUGGUCCAAGGUAAGCAGCUAUGUUACGACACCGUUUGUGCGAGUCAGAAAUUUGACGGUCGGUCAAGUCUACGAGUUCCGGGUGAUGGCGGAGAAUCAGUAUGGUACGUCGGAUCCGGCGACAACAAUCGAUCCAAUUAAGGCGCGACACCCGUUCGAUCCUCCGGGUGCACCUGGCACACCUCGCGGUGUGGAGACCACCGAGGAUAGCAUCACCAUUACCUGGACCAAACCUCGUCAUGACGGUGGAUCGCCGAUCCUCGGAUACGUCAUCGAGAAACGUCUUCUGAACGAAGAUAAGUGGGUCAAAGCCACACCGGCUCUGGUACAUGACACCACUUACAAGGUUACUGGAUUGAUUGAAAAUCAUGAUUACGAGUUUCGGGUAGCUGCGGAAAAUGCCGCUGGUCGCGGACCAUGGAGUUCCAACUCCGAUGUUAUUCGCGCCAGCGCUGCACCAUUCCCGCCAAAGAUCACGAGCGACCUCAGCAUUCGCGAUAUGACUGUGAUUGCUGGAGAACCAUUCACCAUUACGGUACCGUAUACAGCAAAUCCCAAACCAAGACCGAAUUGGUCUAUCAAUGGCGAAGAGGUUCUCACUGGCGAGAGGAUCAAAUUCGAGACAACCGACGUAGCUUCACAGUUUAUUAACAAAAAAGCAAAGAGAUCGGAUACUGGCACGUACACGAUAUAUCUCACAAAUACUGUCGGCACGGAUUCCGCCUCAUGCAAGGUCUUAGUUGUCGACAAACCGUCACCACCUUUGGCGCCUUUGGAUAUCUCCGAUAUCACUCCGGAAACCUGUACGUUAACAUGGAAACCGCCCUUCGAUGAUGGUGGUUCGCCAAUCACGAAUUACAUAGUCGAGAAACUAGAUCCGGCUGGCUUCUGGGUGAAGCUUAGCAGCUUUGUGAGAAGCACGCAUUAUGAUGUGAUCGGUCUGGAGCCGAAUCGCACGUACAACUUCCGCGUAAGAGCAGAGAAUCAGUAUGGCAUAUCUGAUCCAUUGCAAGCUGAUGAACCGAUAACAGCUAAAUUCCCAUUCACGGUGCCAGAUCCACCUGGACAGCCACGUAUCAUCGACUGGGAUACCUCGAAUGCUACAGUGGUCUGGUCAAGACCAUUAUCCGACGGUGGUUCUCGUAUUCAGGGUUAUAAGAUUGAGUUCCGCGAUCCCGCUGAGGAUGUGCAAUGGCGCGUGGCAAACGAUUAUCUCUUCAAGGAUACCACAUACGUGUGCUAUGGUCUGAUGAGCGGUCAUGAGUAUGAAUUUAGAAUCCGCGCAAAGAACGCGGCCGGUUUCAGUAAACCAAGCCCACCAUCUGCGCCGUUUAGACUCAAGAGCAAGUUCAACGUACCAUCGCCACCUGGCACGCCACAAGUCACCAAAGUUGGCAAGAAUUACGUUGAUUUGCGAUGGGAACCGCCCGUAUCUGACGGCGGCAGUAGGAUCACUGGCUAUGUGAUCGAGAAGCGCGAGGUGGGCAGUGCGAUGUGGUCCAAGUGUAAUGAGUAUAAUGUCGUCGAUACCGAGUACACGGUCAUGCACUUAAUUGAGCGAGGUGACUAUGAGUUCAGGAUCUUUGCGGUGAACGCGGCUGGCAGAUCCGAACCAAGCUCAUGCACUACCCCAGUGAAAAUCUGCGAGGUCGAGGGUGGUGAGAAACCGGAGUUUAUCAGAAACCUGCCAAUCAGUCAGAUUAUACCACUUGGCAAGACUCUUGUUCUCGAAUGCGAGGCUACGGGUAAACCACUGCCAACUGCCAGGUGGCUGAAGAACGGUCGUGAGAUCACUUUAGGAGGUCGCUUCCGCGCCGAAGCAAUAAAUGGCAUUUAUAGAUUGGUGAUAUCCGAAGUAUGGGACGCAGACGAUGGCGAUUAUAGCUGCCAGAUUUCGAAUCCGCUCGGCGUCGCCGUGACCACGUGCAGGCUAAAGAUCGGUACGCCGCCACGCAUCGAGCGCAUGCCGAACGAUCUCUAUCUACCGGAAGGCGACAACACGAAGAUUAAAAUUUACUACAGUGGCGAUCAACCGAUGGAAGUGACUCUGAAGAAAGAUGGUCGCCAAAUCGUGGAGACAACACAUAUCAAAUAUACUGUAUUCGACGAGUAUCUAAUUAUCUUCAUCAAAGAUAUCCAAAAGGACGAUGCAGGCAUUUACGAUUUGUCCAUCUCGAACGACAGUGGCAGCGUCAGCGCAUCCUUUAACGUAUACAUUACUGGAUUGCCUGGACCGCCAACUGGACCGCUUGAUGUUUCUGAUAUUGAUAAGCAUACAUGCACCUUGUCCUGGCAUCCACCCAAAUAUGAUGGUGGUCUUCGAGUUACUCAUUAUGUGGUGGAGCGUCGUGAUGUCAGCCAUACGCAUUGGAUCAUUGUGUCAUCCUUCUGUAAAGACUGUACUUUCGUCGUGCAGGGACUUACCGAGGGUCAGGAGUAUCUUUUCCGAGUGAUGGCCGCCAACGACAACGGCAUGGGCCCGCCGUUAGAGGGCAUUAACCCAAUCAAGGCCAAGGCACCGUUUGAUCCACCAGGACCACCCGGUACGCCUAAAGUCAUUGAAGUGGGUGGAGAUUUUGUCAAUCUUUCAUGGGAAAAACCAGAAACGGACGGCGGUGCCAAAAUCCAGGGUUACUGGAUCGAUAAGAGAGAAGUUGGCAGUCAGGCAUGGCAGCGUGUAAACGUCAGUAUCUGCCUGCCAACGCAGAUCAAUAUCAGCAAUCUGAUCGAAGGAAGGCAAUACGAGUUCCGGGUAUUUGCUCAAAAUAUUGCAGGACUUAGUCCUGAAUCGAAAGCUUCGACCUCUGUGAAGAUUGUUGAUCCACAAGCAGCGAAGCCUCCGGAAAUCAUUCAACCUCUUCAGAAGGUGAAUUGCGUCCAGAAUCACAAUGCCCACUUCCAAUGCAAGAUUAUCGGCACACCGAAGCCAAAUAUCACUUGGUUCAAGGGCGCCCGCGAGAUUGUGAGCGGUAGUCGCUACAACAUCUAUUCCGAGGGCGAUACCCACAAUCUCAUCAUCCAUGACGUGUUCGGUGAGGAUGCCGAUGAAUAUUUCUGCCGUGCAGCAAAUAAAUGCGGUGUGAAAUCUACCAAGGGUGAACUCUUCAUCAAGACACCGCCGAAGCUAAACGUGCCGCCACGUUUCCGUGACACUGCCUUCUUUGACAAAGGUGUGAACGUCGUCAUCAAGAUUCCUUUUACCGGUUAUCCAAAACCAAAGAUUACGUGGGUACGCGAAGGGGAAGUAAUCGAGUCUGGUGGACAUUAUGCUGUCGAAGUAAAAGAGCGGCACGCUGUGUUGACGAUACGUGAUGGCAGUCGUAUGGACUCCGGUCCCUAUCGCAUCUCCGCCGAAAAUGAUCUCGGUCAGGACACAGCCAUCAUCAAGAUUCAGAUCAGCGAUCGUCCAGAUCCACCCAGAUUCCCGCAAGUGGAUAAUAUCGGUCAUGACUCGCUAGCAGUCAGCUGGAAGCCGCCAGUUUGGGAUGGUGGCAGUAACAUCACCAACUAUGUGGUGGAGAAGCGUGAGCAUCCGAUGAGCAGCUGGAUCCGUGCUGGCAACACUCGUUUCUGCACAUUUGCAGUAACCGGUCUUAGUCCUGGAAAGCAAUAUGAUUUCCGGGUGUGUGCAGAGAAUAUCUACGGUCGUUCGGAUCCGAGUGAAGUAACGCCGUUGAUUACUACGAAGGGCGUGAUUAAGCGCGAGUUCAAGAAGAAAGAAUAUGAGGUGGACGCGAGCGGCAAGAAAAUACGUGGUCGCGAAGAUGAGAAGCCGCGUGAUUACGACCAGUUCGUGUUCGACGUGUAUAGUAAAUACGUGCCGCAACCAGUUGAAAUCAAGCACACAUCAGUCUACGACAAAUAUGACAUUCUGGAGGAGAUCGGCACUGGCGCGUUCGGCGUAGUACACCGCUGCCGCGAGAGGACCACCGGUAACAUUUUCGCUGCUAAAUUUAUCCCGGUAUCGCAUGUGAUGGAGAAAGAGCUAAUCAGAAAGGAGAUCGACAUCAUGAAUCAACUGCAUCAUCCCAAGCUGAUCAACUUGCACGACGCCUUUGAAGAUGAUGAUGAGAUGGUGCUAAUUUUCGAAUUCUUGUCCGGCGGAGAACUAUUCGAGAGGAUUACGGCCGAGGGUUAUACUAUGUCCGAAGCGGAAGUCAUUAAUUAUAUGAGGCAGAUCUGUGAGGGCGUCAAGCAUAUGCACGAGAAGAACAUUAUCCAUCUCGAUAUUAAACCCGAGAACAUCAUGUGCCAAACUCGUAACAGUACGAAUGUGAAACUGAUUGAUUUCGGUCUAGCUACUAAACUCGAUCCGAAUGAAGUAGUAAAGAUCAGUACAGGCACGGCUGAAUUUGCCGCUCCCGAAAUUGUUGAACGUGAACCUGUCGGUUUUUAUACCGAUAUGUGGGCCUGUGGUGUACUAGCUUAUGUCCUAUUGAGCGGUCUUUCACCAUUUGCCGGUGAUAACGACAUCGAGACCUUAAAAAAUGUGAAGGCAUGCGAUUGGGACUUUGACGAGGAGGCAUUCCGUGACGUUUCCGAAGAGGGUAAAGAUUUCAUCAGGCGACUACUCGUCAAAAAUAAAGAGAAGCGCAUGACUGCGCACGAGUGUCUCCUUCAUCCAUGGUUGACCGGCGAUCAUAGCAAGUGGACCAAUCCAAUCGCCAACAGUCGUUACCUUAGCAUCAGAGAUAGAUUGCGCGCCAAGUACGAAAAUUGGGACAAGUAUGUCCUUCCCAUCGGUCGUCUAGCCGAGUACUCAUCGCUCAGGAAACUUUUAAUCGAGAAAUACAGAAUUUAUGAUUCUUGCUUCGAUCGUCGACAAGCAGCACCGAGAUUUGUCAUCAAACCGCAAAGUGCGUUCGCCUAUGAAGGACAGAGUGUGAAAUUCACUUGUCGCGUGAUUGCGAUUGCGGCACCAACCUUAUCUUGGUCACAUAACAAUCAAGAGUUACGGCAAUCUGUUAAAUUUAUGAAGCGAUAUCAUGGUGACGAUUACACCUUUAUUAUCAACAGAGUUAAGUUGGAAGAUAGAGGAGAAUACAUUAUACGCGCGGAAAAUCAUUAUGGUUACCGUGAAGAAGUCGUCUUCCUUAAUGUACAACCACUGCCGAGAGAAAUUCCGAAGUACAGGCCCGAGCUGCAUCCUGUACGCAGACGAGAACCGCUUGGCUAUAAUGUGUGGUUGGAGACGAUCGAGUCGGCGCCGAGCUUCACGUUCCUGUUGCGACCACGUGUCAUACAGAUCAGGCAGACUUGCAAACUGCUCUGCUGUCUGAGCGGCAAUCCACCGCCCACCGUGAAAUGGUACAAGGACAGAGAAGAAUUGUCCAAGUACAAUUACCCCAUGAGCAACGCCGACGGCGUCGUCACAAUGGAGAUCGUUGACUGCAAGCCGGAGGACAGCGGCAAAUAUCGUUGUGUGGCAACUAACAAACAUGGCAAAGACGAGACUAGUUGCGUAGUCAUCGUAGAAGGCACUGGAGAAACGGAGGAGCAAGUAAAAUUAGUGCACGACCUCCUACAUUCCGGAGAUCGAAAAUUCAUCGAGCAACCACUGAAACCAGCACCACCGCCGAUCAUAACAGUUCACAAGUAUAGUUCCACAACCACUCAAAGCCAAUCAAGCUCUUCGUACAAUGGCAAACAUAAUUCCACAAUCUCCUCAUAUAAGGAUAGCUCCAAUGUCAAAAUAAACGAAUCAUCUGAUAAACGAAGCAUAAAGAAAUACGGCUCGAAACUUGACACUACUGGCAGUCCGUCUCGAUCCAGAAGCACCACAAAAGAACUCAUCUUACCCUCAGACGAUUCGAUGAGACAGCCGCAAUUUACUCAAAAGUUAAAGAAUCUCACGAUCAACGAUGGCGAACAUCUGGAACUCACAGCUAAAGUCGAUGGCGAUCCGGAGCCGCAAAUUACUUGGAGUAAAGACGGCAAGAUGCUGAGUUCGUCAGAGAUUGUCGAUCUUAAAUACAAGAAUGGGGUGGCCACUCUCACGAUCAACGAGGUAUUCCCUGAAGACGAAGGCGAAUACGCAUGUCUUGCGACUAAUAGCAUCGGCAGCGACACGACAUCCUGUAAACUGAUUGUAAAACCUGUGGAGAAUGCCGCCAGGAAGAAACAGAGUGACGAUAAAUCGCCGAAGAUCGUCGAUCACUUAACGAGCAAAUAUGUAAAAGAUGGUGAGGCUGUGACACUUAGCUGCCGAAUAAUCGGCGCGAAGAAGUUUGAUGUGGUGUGGCUGCAUAAUAAUAAAGAGAUCAAGCCUAGCAAGGACUUUCAAUAUACUAGCGAGGCUAAUAUCUACAAGCUAAUCAUCGCUGAGAUAUUCCCCGAGGACUCCGGUACUUACACGUGCGAAGCUUUCAAUGACGCAGGAGAGAGCUACUCGUCGUGCACGUUAAGCGUACUCGCUUUAAACGAAGAGCCGAAAAGCCCAGCGUUCGCGACAUUCCCACAAUCUGCAACAGUGAGUGAAGGCGAGUCGGUUACUUUCACGUGCAAGACUGAUACCGCGCCUUUGAAAGUGACUUGGUUGAAAGAUGGUAAGGCGAUCCCCGAGACGAGCAGCAGAUACCACUUCAGCUCGGACGGUAGCACGUCCUUCGAAUUCGGCAUUAAAACGUGCACGGCCAGCGAUGUUGGUCAAUAUUUGGCGCGUGCGAUCGGUCAGAAAGGCGAAACGAACUCUGCGUUUGCCCUUAACGUCGUCAAUCCCGGCGAGCUGUGAAAUCAAACUUGGUACCGGGUUAUACGUCGAUUAUCAGCGCGGUCGACGACAGAAUUAGAGCUUUGAUAUAUUCUUCGUGGAGAAUAUAUUUCUGAAUUAUUUCGUGAAUAUUGAAGAGUACAGCUAUACCUUGAUGAAUCUAUUCCAAAUAAAAAGAGUGUAUAUCAUCCGUGUUCGACUCGAGGGUACCGUAACGAUGUCUGACCGAUCGUUACUGUAUCUUCCACACUCUGAUCUUUUCGCUUUUGCUAAAUUUAAUCGGAACGCACGCGAUACGAUCGAAGCCGGAGCGGCUCGACCACAAUAAACAUUUUUAGAGUAUGAUGAUGUCUUUAUACAGAAAGGAAGAGAGAACUAGAAGACUAAUAUUAAUCUCUCUCUGUUUCUUUCUCUUACGUUCUGUCUGUAAAUUAUUUUGAAACACUAUAUUUUUUUCUUCCUAUAUAUUUGUUAUGAUGUCGUAUUAUCCACGAAAAUUAUUAGGAACAGCUCGUUGUCAUGACGAGAAUCCAAAUUCACCGUCUUCGCACACAAACAUUACGGAUAGCACGCGCAACUUACUAAAAUAUUCGGCUUUGCUGUAUUAUACGACUCGGCACACACUCGAGUACACGCAGCUAUUUAACAGGCACAUCACGAUAGCGUCCGAAGAAAGAGAAACGGAAUAUUAUGUAGGAUAUCAAUGCCGCGGACGCGACUUUCUCGGUGAGAUUGCUAGCAUCCUCAAACAUCCGAAUAUACGUUUUUAAUAUCACCAUCCAAGAAUCUCACCAGGAAAAUCCUUUGAUGGCGUUAGAAUGAGUACGCAAAUAUUUUUACGCAAUAGUCGCGAUGUGCCUACUUAUUCCAUGUUAAUGGUACGCACCAUCGUGUUUUGUUUGAAGACUGCUUCCGUCAGAAAAUUUAUGAUAAAAUGAAACAAUUAAAAAU